AUGGCGAGUUUACGCAAGUCACAUACAACCGUGUCGACUGAUGUGCUUUCUACUACAGAGGAAGACAAACUUUUAGACAUAAAUCCUAAUGAUGUUGCUAUGCACAUAACUGUUGAAUCUGAACCAGAUCCCUUACCUACAUCACAAAAUACUAUCUUGCCAGUAAUGCUUACAUUACAAGAUACAAUGAACUUGAUUUCUCAAAAUAUUGCCUUUACAUCGAAUGCUGUACAAGGCCUUCCUAAUAAUCAGAUUCCUGUUACCAGGAAACGCAAACAUGAUGGGAUUACCAAACCACUAGGUUUAGGCCUACAUAAAAAGACUCGUAAUAUGAGUAUGAGUUCAUCUGAUGAAAUUGACAGCGAUGGAAGUGAAAUGAGUGUCAGUGACACUGAAGCUUUGAUGCCUCCAUCAAAUUUUCUAUCAAAUAGUCAAUCAAAUGAUGGUGAUCUGUUAACUCAACUAGAUUCAGAAUUUAAUGGAGACGAGCCAACAACAACUCCAAUAAUGGAUAGGUUAGCUUCAAUUGUAAACAAAAGGUUUAUCAAUAAAUUAUCAGAUGACAAAUUGAAAGAAAAAACAGAAAAAUAUUAG